UUGCAGUCAUGGGCUUAGCAGCAAGUUCGGGACAUGAUAACGACGAUUUAAUAGAUAAACUUAUUGAUGCCAACAUUGUUGUCACUCAUCGUGUUGAAAUUGCCUUAAGAUUGGUUGACCGUCGCCGGUUUUUUCCGGUAGAAGGCCGAUAUAUAGCUUAUAAGGAUUUGGCUUGGAAAAGCGAUUUUGGUUCUCCUGGACGUAUACACAUCUCUGCUCCAUGUAUAUAUGGCAACGUUUUAGAAUGUUUGGAUCUGCGAGAAGGCAACAGUUUCCUUAACGUUGGUUCUGGUACGGGUUAUCUUAGUACAGUUGCUGGGUAUCUGUUAGGUAGUAAUGGUACGAAUCAUGGUGUUGAAAUCCACCCAAAUAUCGUGGAGUAUGCUCGUUCAUUAGUUGUCGAAACAUUGCAUUGUCCGGAAACGCAGUGUUACGAUUGGGCGAUACCAGAAUUCUCUUGUGGUAAUGGAUUGCAUCUUAGCCCAUCCCAUUAUAGUAAAUAUGAUCGUGUAUAUUGUGGUGCUGCUGUUCCGGCAUCGCAUCGGCGAAUCUUAUGGGAAUUAUUGAAAAUUGAUGGUAUUCUUGUGAUGCCUUAUGAGGAUCAGUUGCUACAAGUACGUCGACAAGCAGCGAAUGUAUUCGAAGUCAAAAUUAUUACUUCCGUUUCAUUUUCGGAUUUCAUACCGCCUACUGAAGAGGAAACAUCAAAAGAGCUCUACUCGAAUGCUCCAUCGUUCAGAACGAUUGCUACGUUGCAGUACCUGUGCGCCUCAUCAAUUCGUAAAAUUAUUCGUGCUGCAGUUGCUGCAAAUCAUCAAAUACAUAUUCGAAAUUUUGUUAGUCAACAGCCAAAUCGAACACGGGAAAAUCACGUCAUCGUCGAAUUUCGCGAUGGCGAAGAGCCAGUGGCACGUCAAGCUCAUUUCGAAAUUCGUCGCCCGCCAUUUCGUGAAAUAUUAGCCAUCGUUGGAGCAGACUUUGUUGGUGAAGAUGAGAAUGCGAAUAAUAAUGAGGUGGAAGAGGUAAAUCCUGAGCGAAGAAGACGUUUGGCCCGUGAUAGAUUCCGAAUGGUGUGGUUUCGGCAUCAUCUUCGUGCGCACAUUGCUAAUCGAGCUGUGAGAAGACGUCGUCCACAUGAAGCGGAAGCGCAAGAAGAUGCUGGAACGGAAGAUGGUCAAAACAAUGAUGCUGGAAUUAAUAACGGAAAUGAAAAUUCUGAAUAUAGUGGUUCGGGUUCAGUGCCCGGAACUACUAGUGAUCCUACUGAUACGUCGGUAGAUACUACUGAAUUGUGUAGUGAUAGUACCUCAACAACUGGACGCUCGAAGAAACGCUCACUAAACGUGGAACACGAAGGUGAAAACAGUUUGAGUGUUAAGCGACGCAAUGAUGAUGAUGAUGACGGUUUCAGAGAUAGAGAAACGAUGGAAACUGAUCUUGUCAAUGACUGUAAGGCGCAAACUAUUCCAAAGCAAAAUCUUCCGGAUGAAAACAAAUCAAAUGGUGAUUCUGUGGUAACUUCCAUAGCUCAGGAAACGCAAGAAAAAGAAAGGAAUGCUAAUCAAAAAAACGAGAAAAAACAUCUUGAAAAAGGAGAGAAUUCUGGCAAUAUGAAAUUUGUGGAGGGAACUGUGGAAAAUAAUGAGGAAUCCGUGGGUGGCUGGAAAGAAAUGGUUGAGCAACUACGAGAUAUGCGGCGAAAAGAAGCUGAAAGUAGUGGAAAUAUUGUUUCGAAACAUAAAGAGAGUAACGGUUGUUCAAGUCUCCUAGAUCAAAUGGACUCUUGUCAGAAUUUGACUGAAGCUGAGAAUGGCAUUACUUUGGAUAGCAAUUCCUCCGAUCGUAAUCACGAUGAAAAAUGCGAGCAAGAAUCGAGCAAAUUUACCAAUCAAUCGAUUCAAGUUCAGAAUUCGAAAAUACGCAACGAAGCAAACGAUAAAAAGUGGGUUACUAAUCUUGCUAAUGGUAACAUACUUUGUACGAAAUCUGACGAAAUGGGAAACACAUUAAAAGCAGGUCAUGAAUUUUUUCCAUCUCCUAAAAAUCUUAACUCGAAGGACGAUCAGUUAGUAUGGCAGAAUAACAGAUUAUACAAAAAUAAAGCAGAAAUCAGUUCUUCAAAACGAUAUGAUUCGAGUAAACAUGGAAAUCUGGUCGAUACUGGCAGUUCUUCAGGUAAAUCGGAAAUUUUGAGAACCUCGAAUAGUGAAUUGGAACAGGAUAAUCAUCACCUGGUUACAAGUACCGACGAAGAAAACCCUACUGGUAAUGGUGAUGAUGAUGACGAUGAUAAUGAUAAUGAUAAUGAUAAUGAUAAUGACGAUGAUGAUGACGACGACGAUGAUGAUAAUGAUGAUGAUGAUGAUGAUGAUGACGAUGAUGAUGAUAGCGAUGAGGAUGGUGAUAGCGAUGAGGAUGGUGAUGAUGAUAAUGAUGAUGAUGGCGAUGACGAUGAAGAUGGCAGUGCGAGUAGUUCGAGCGAUGCCGAAGAUCAGGAAAAUAUUCCGGAACGUGUUAGCCAUCGUGUUCGCCAACGAGAUGAAAAUGAAUUAUAUUUGGCUGUUCGUCAAACAGCACGAAGUAUGAGUGAUGCAGUUAGUGGUCAGGCUUCUAAUCAUAACCGUGGAAAUAGUGGUGGAAGUGAUUCAAGUGGUAAUAACUAUCAUGAUGCUGUAGACGAUGAGUCUAUGUUUCAUCGUAGAUCUGACGGUGCUGAUGAGCUGCAAACGGAAGAGGAGAAGAAACGUGAACAAGCACGGUUGGAAGAACGUGAGCGCCAGUUAAAUGAUAUCCGUACAUUUGCUGCCCUGUUCGAAGGUCGAAUAAUGGAAUUGCCCUUGAACCGUGCUCUCAAAGAAUAUAUCAAAUGCCUUUGCUAAAUAAUGAAAAUGUUGCCAUUAAGUUCUGUUAGCUUACUUCUGACUCAGACUGUAAUUAUACCUUCCUUUACCACUAAAAAAAGGAAAACAACUUUUGUCCCUUGAAUAGGGGGAGCUUUACAAAUUGAAUCUUCUGCAA